UGGAACAUUGCAGACAGACAACUCUGAAGGAUCUUGUUCUGGUAAUUUAAAAGAAGUGACACACAUCACUUCUGCUGUUAACUCACUGGCCAAGGCUAGCACCACAGGGAGUCAGGAAAAUCAGUCUUCAGGUCCCCAGAGGAGCAGAGAACCAGAUGGAGGUGAAUAACACUAAUGACCACCACAAUGGAGAUGGACUGGUAAUCUGUGGAAUUUGUUUUUCAAGGUCAACUUUGUAGUGUGCCAACUCUUUGCCUUGCUAGCAGCCAUUUGGUUUCGAACUUACCUACGUUCAAGCAAAACUAGCUCUUUUAUAAGACAUGUUGUUGCCACCCUUUUGGGCCUUUAUCUUGCACUUUUUUGCUUUGGAUGGUAUGCCUUACAUUUUCUUGUACAAAGUGGAAUUUCCUACUGUAUCAUGAUCAUAAUAGGAGUGGAGAGCAUGCACAGAUACUGUUUUGUGUUUGCUUUGGGAUACCUCACAGUGUGCCAAAUUACUAGAGUCUAUAUCUUUGAUUAUGGACAGUAUUCUGCUGAUUUUUCAGGCCCAAUGAUGAUAAUUACCCAGAAGAUCACUAGUUUGGCUUAUGAAAUUCAUGAUGGGAUGUUCCGAAAGGAUGAAGAACUGACUCCAUCACAGAGAGGUUUGGCUGUAAGGCGCAUGCCAAGCCUACUGGAGUAUUUAAGUUACAACUGCAACUUCAUGGGUAUCCUGGCAGGCCCACUCUGCUCUUACAAAGACUACAUUACUUUCAUUGAAGGCAGAUCAUAUCAUACAACACAAUCAGGUGAAAAUGGAAAAGAAGAAGUACUGUAUGAAAGAACAGAGCCAUCUCCAAAUAUGGCAGUCACUCAGAAGCUCUUAGUCUGUGGACUUUCCCUAUUGUUCCACUUGACCAUCUCUAAAACAUUACCUGUAGAGUAUAACAUUGAUGAGCAUUUUCAAGCUACAGCUUCCUGGCCAACCAAGAUUAUCUACCUGUACGUCUCUCUCUUAGCUGCCAGACCCAAAUACUAUUUUGCUUGGACAUUAGCUGAUGCUAUUAAUAAUGCUGCAGGCUUUGGCUUCAGAGGAUAUGACAAAAAUGGAGCAGCUCGUUGGGACCUGAUCUCCAAUUUGAGAAUUCAGCAAAUAGAGAUGUCAACAAGUUUCAAGAUGUUUCUUGAUAAUUGGAAUAUUCAGACAGCUCUUUGGCUCAAAAGGGUGUGUUACGAGCGAGCCUCCUUGAGCCCAACCAUCCAGACGUUCAUUCUGUCUGCCAUAUGGCAUGGGGUGUACCCAGGGUACUACCUGACAUUUCUGACCGGAGUGGUGAUGACAUUAGCGGCGCGAGCCAUGAGAAAUAACUUUAGACAUUAUUUCAUCGAACCUCCCCACCUUAAGUUAUUGUAUGAUGUUAUAACAUGGAUAGCAACUCAAAUAGCAAUAAGUUACACAGUUGUGCCAUUUGUACUUCUUUCUAUAAAACCAUCAUUCAUGUUCUACAGCUCCUGGCAUUACUCCCUUCACAUCGUUGGUAUCUUACUAUUACUACUGUUGCCAGUAAAAAAAGCCCAAAGAGGAAAGAAUACACAUGAAAAUAUUCAGCUGUCAAGAUCCAAAAAGCUAGAUGAAAGAGAGAAUUCUUUGGGACAGAAUAAUUUUUCCACAGCAAACAGUGUUUGCAAUCAGAAUCAAGAAAUAGCCUCUAGACAUUCAUCAUUAAAGCAAUGAUGGGGAAAACACUCUGAUGGCUAUUUUUUGUAUGUUAACAGAAACCAAUCUUAGCACCUUUUCCAGGGGUUUAUGUUUGUUUGAAAAGAGAUUGAGUGGGGGGAAAUGGGACAGCUAUAGAUGGGUGAUUUCCUGCAUACCAGAUUGGAAAAUGAAUGAACUAUCCCCUCCCACGCCUGUCCCUGCGAGCCACGCCUUAUAGAAAAAGAUGUCCACUAUUCCAGUGGCCGCUCAGGACCUCAGCAUAUGUCCAGAGGGUCAUAUGUGUGCCCUGCUGCUGACUGUGCAUUGCGUACCCCCAGGUACUGAAGAGGUGGACCAAGAAUUGUGUCAGUCUGAAUGACUGAGGGAAAUUAACUUUUCUAAACGAAUGUCUUGCCUUAAUUUCCUAAAAUAUUGUUCCUAGAAGGUAUUUUCAAGUGUAAUAUUGUCAGAAUGCUACUUCAGUAUCCAGUGUUGUGUGCUGCAAAGGAAUUCUGGGGAAAUUUGAAACACAGUUUAAGAUUGUGGAUACCUCAAAAAUGCAAUAAACAUCUCAGUAUUUGAAGGGUUUUCUUUAAGUAUCUCAAAUGACUGCAGUAAGUGGCGAGACUAAACAGCAAUGGAUGCCAAAUUAUAGGUAGCUUAUUUUCCUGGAGAGCUUAAUUACCUUGUGUCAGAGAGCCUUUCCAGGAAAAAUUUCUUAAUCAGAAAGAAAGUUUGGUAAUGCGAUAUUUUAAGCUUAUUUUCUUAAAAGAGGGAGGAUGAUGAAGGAAGGAAGGAAGAAGGGCAGGAAUGAGCUGGAGCUGGAGCCGAGCCGGCUGUAGCAGGGCACGGGGCACAGGGCAGGGCCCAGGUGCUCAGUAGAAGUGCUUUUCACCCUUAUUUAUCUGCAUUCCUUGUAAUUAUGUAAGACAUAAAAGUUUAAUAAGUUUUUAAUGUGGUGGGCUUUUAAGUAAAAUUUAUCAAGUAUAAAUUAUAUAGAAUUAUAAAAGGACUGUGAAAAUAUUAGUGGUAGAUUGCUUGAAGGUUAAGAGAGAAAUCACUGAGUAAGGUUACUACUGGGAUAAUCACUUUGUUGUCCUUUGCAGUUUAAUUCCUAUUUAGGAUAGUUUUAGGGAAAUUAAAAUUUAAAGUCACUGAGUCUGAGCCACAUUUUUAGAGAAUAAUACAGUUUCCAAACUCUUAAAUUCUCUCAUUAAAAUUUUGCUGUUAACUCUUGUUGAUGAGUUUUAGAUUCUUUAAGUAGAAAAAUGUGCUUUUAUCUUACGGGAAUUUUUUGCCAUAAUUAAUCUCAUUUUCAAAUUACUGGGUAUCCCCUUUAAUCCCAGAGAGCCCUGUGAUGGCUGCAGUAGUUGACAGCAGCAGAGUGGGAUGAGACCAGCCCGGCAUUAGGGACCUGGCCCUACAUCCUAAAUCCCGAGCUGUGAGAGAGAGGGGUAGGCAGGGCCUUCUGACUUCCCCUGCAUUUGACUAAUCUUUUAUGGACUUUUCUUUUUGCCUUACAUUUUUUAAUGAAAUGCAAAUUGUCUAUUUAUGGUGAGUCUUUCUUUUUUUUUAAAUUGUUGUCAUUAAUAAUUUGCAAAUGAAAUUAAGGACAGAACAACUAUAUGAUCUAAGCUAUAUAUGUAGUAUUUCAUUUGAAGCAGAAAGGAAAAGCAAAUGUUCUUGGAACUUUUGACUCUUAAUCAGCAAAAUGUCAAUAUAUCAUUUUAGAACUUUGGAAAUCUCCUAGUCUUUGUUUAUAUGAAAUGUUUUUACUUUUCUAAGGUAAAUUUUUUCCACCUGGUGAGGUUAGCCAUGCCCUAUUACCUCCCAGGAAAGGAUACAUAGCUAAAUAAAUUUCUCUUUUCCCACGCAUCAAAAUUAAGGUAGCUGUGUGUGGGAGAGGAUAGAAAAGAAUAAUCAUGGAAAGCAUCUGCCCCCAAAAAUGUCAGUUAAUUAAUGCAGAGAAUCUGAACACUAUUAAGUACACAAAAUUUGAGUACAAGACAAGUCUAGGCAUGUCGUAAGUGAAAAAGAGAAAGCUAUUAAAGAACUUCUUUUUGUUCCCCUGUCUAGCUAUUUCCAGUCACCAUUUAUUUCUGUUACCUGACUGUUUACUUUCUUAGCAUGUAAACCUAAAGUCACUGUUAUUAUAUUCAAUAGGAUUACCAUCCAGAAGGCAAGGUGAUUGAUGAAUUUUCCAGUUACUUUGAAGAUAAUCCAUAAUGUAUACAGUUUGACUGAUUUUCAUCCCUCUGGAUCUAGUUUGUAUGUAGUUUUUGAAUAGCUUUUCUCUUAUUUUAGAGAAUUUUAAUGAUAAGUGUGUAACCUAGAAGAAAAACUAAAGGAAUCUGAUUCUCGACUUUUCUAAGGAGAAAAUAAACUUUAUGUGCUUUUUAUUAUAAACUGAAUAUUUCUGCUUAGAGUGUUACAAAGAUUAAUACACUUAUUAAUAGUUUAUGGUAGAGGAAUUGAAAAUUGAUAUAUAUCUCUACUACUGUUAAGUAGGAAAAGAUUCAUUGUUAUAUGUACUUGCUUUGUUUUGAUGAACAGAAUAGGAUUCAGUGCAUAUUUCUAUUAUUUCUCCACUCUUCUGUUGUCAUGAGACCACUCCAGAGAUGAUCAAUCAACAUCAUAUUUAUAGUUUUAUUAAUUACUAUACUACUCAGGGAAAAAAAAUGAACAAAAAUAGUUCUUCCCUCAAUUUCAUUUUCUUGAAAUAAUUACAGCCAAUUUAACUUGGUGUAUCUCAGCUGUCACCAUUGUAAAAGUGGCUUAUUCUUGGUGUUUAGAAUAAGCAUUUUUAUUGGAACUCAGGGUAACUGGGGAAAUUUAUUUAGCUUCUAAAAUGUCCAGCAUAAUGGAAAACACUUAUUUGGCUUCAAAAAUGUUCAGCCACCACUUAGGCUGCCACCAUACUUUUGGGUAAAAAGUAUUUUUUCUAUUGAUUCCCUUCAUGUGUGACAUUCACAUACAGGAUUUCCACAGAUACCAGUUUUGAAAAAAAUUUGCCAUAAAAGAAUGGUUCUAAAAAGUGAAUGGACCGCAUAUUGAAGCACUGAUUGUCCUGGGAGGAGACCGGGAUCUCCAUUAAUGGCUCAGUCAUUAAUGAGCUCAGUCAUUAAUGAGCCUUACGACUUGGACAAGUCUCUUGACCUCUAGGUGAAAGGUUUUUAAUAAGGAACCAAAGGGUCAGUUCCAAAAGCUUAUGACCAGUUACGUUUGUAAUGAAGGGAAGCUGUUAGCAAGAUUUCUGAGAGUCAGGGAGAAGGGCAGAUUCACAACCAGAACUGUUGUCAUGGUCAUUACUUUUAUUACUUCAGUACAUGGCCCUGACUUUUCAAAAGGUUUUCUUGGCAAGAGGAAAAACUUUCAGUCUAUUAAAUCAGAAGGUGUGGCAGCAUACCAUUUCCACUGAAUAAUGGCCAUUAAACUGAAUCACUCCUACUGAAAUAGUCUCUACUGAAGAAAACGUAUCUUCCUUCUGCUUGCUCUGCUUUUUGGUUGGUUUGUGCUAUGGAAAAUUGAGGAAGAUCCAUGCUAGAAAAUACUUUAUGCCAAUUUCCCACUUUACUAGACAGGCUGUACCACCCUAGAACUUUUCAAAUAUUAUUUCAUUCAAAGAUAUUUAAAGCAUUUUUAAUUUAGUUAUGCCUUAUUUUAAACUACCGAAAAAUUGAAUUAAAGUUUUAGCCAUUAAAAUAAUUAGAAAAUGUAUACUUUUAUUCAAGAACUAGACCACACUUAUGACAAAAAUCUUUCCUAUUUAAAAUUAAUACUUUGUAAAUUUUACUUUGUGUGUUAAUGAUCAACUCUGGACUUUGAUGCUUUUGUGUUUCCUUACUGGAACAAACAGUUUGUACUAUAAACUGUUCAAAAUUAUUAGUUAAUUGUUUUUAAGAGUUCUACUUUAUAACUGAAAGGAUGAUGGUGCCAGAUGGCGCCUAUUGUUGCUGUGUCAGUGAAGGGUUUGUCCAGUUUUAGAUGUAAAGCAGUAUUUUGAGGAGUUUUUUUCAGCUGCUAAUAGUCCAUCCUGGCCAAAACUGAAUACAUCAGAUUUAACAUAGGUGCAGAAUUCUAAAUAACACUGUGAAAUGUGAUCUUAACUGCCCUCAAGUAAUUUAUAAAACUGUUGCUCUUAAUCCAGUGUACACUUAGUGAAUGGCUGAUCGUUGACAUCUUUAUCUUAGAUCCUAAAAGAUCUGGUUUCUGCAGCCCUUCCUUAAAAGUAAAAGUGGGUUAUCAGUGGCUGCCCCUAAUACUGAAGGAGAUUUGCAUUUAAAAAGGAAAUUGAACUCUGAUAGUAAGAUUUGAAAGAGUACCAUGUAGAGGGACUCUACAGUGUUUUUCUGCAGCACCUUGUAGUCAAGUCUAUUUAUAGAAACUCAUUACAGAAGAAAAUUUUAAAUGAAAUUUUCCACAUUGGUAUUUUGUAGGAAUGCUCUUAUAAUCAAUGACUAAACUGCUUUUUGAGGUUCUUGUACAGAGAACGCAGUCAGUUACAUUUUAAUUGGUGGGCUUCUUAAUAAUGUUUUUAUAUGUUUGAAAAUAAUAUUUAUUUUAGUGGGUUUUUAACAUGCAAACUCAAAGAAUUGACGAGCGCUACUGGUCAUUGACUGGGAAAACUUUCUGAACUGGAGCCCCACAGACACAUUUUUAUGCUAACUUGUCUUCCUUUAAAAAUGGAUUAUAACUGUCUUCUUUUAGUAUACCUUUUAUAAAGCGAACAAAAACAACCCCAAGACUAUAUGUUCUAUAAGUAAUAGCAUAAAGAUCCAUGCAAAGCAGUGUCUUGAGCUGACCCAGUGAUGCAUAACCAUCUCUCCAGUCAUGUUUAUCAGAUUUUGCUAUUAUAAAAAGAAG